AUGCUAUCACAUCGUCUCGAGUCAUUCGGUCGUAUUGCAUCUUUACGUGCUUUUUCAACUGGUAUGAUGGAUAUUAAGGUAUCAAACCUUAUCAUUGAUCGCACAUGUCAUCCAAAAGUGAAAAUACCUAAGGAGAAGCUUCAGUUUGGUAAAACGUUUACAGAUCAUAUGCUAGAAGUCGAUUGGGAAAGUGGAAAAGGGUGGGGAAAUCCAGCCAUUCGUCCCUAUGGUCCGAUUUCCAUGGAUCCAGCAAGUGCCGUAUUACAUUAUGCCCUUGAAUGUUUUGAAGGUAUGAAAGCAUAUAUUGAUGCUCAAGGUCAUGUGCGACUCUUUCGUCCAGACAUGAAUAUGAAGCGGCUUAAUAGUUCCAUGAAACGUCUCUUGCUACCGGAAUUCAAUGGAGACGAAUUGACAAAAUGUCUUGCGGAGCUUCUUCGUCUUGAUAAGGACUGGGUACCUACGGGUGAAGGAUACUCACUUUAUAUUCGUCCGACAGGCAUUAGUACGCAAGCUUCUAUUGGUGUAGGAGCUAGUGAGAAGGCCAAAUUAUUUGUCAUCUUAUCACCCGUAGGUCCGUAUUAUCCAGAAGGAUUCAACCCGGUCAAGCUGUGUGCCAAUGAUCGCUAUAUCCGUGCGUGGCCUGGUGGCACCGGUGGCUAUAAGCUUGGAGCAAACUAUGCCCCGGGUAUACUACCUCAGUACACUGCAAGUGAACAAGGGUAUUCACAAAAUUUGUGGAUCUUUGGACCUGAUCAUGAAAUCACCGAGGUCGGCACGAUGAACUUGUUUAUCCACUGGAUUAACGAGCAAGGUGAUAAGGAACUCAUUACACCACCGCUUACACGUGGUGACAUUCUACCUGGCAUCACACGUGAUUCAAUCUUGCAUCUGACGCGUGAGUGGAAUGAAUUCAAGGUGACAGAGGACAAUAUUAACAUGAAGCAGCUCCAGAAGGCCAGCAAGGAGAACCGUAUCCUCGAGAUUUUUGGUUCUGGUACUGCUGCUGUCGUCUCACCCGUGUCUACCAUUAACUACAUGGAUGAUGACCUGGUCAUUCCGCUUGAUGGUACGGACGGCAAGGCUGGAAAGCUCGCGGAGCGUGUGUGGAAAGAAUUGUCCGAUAUCCAGUAUGGCCGUCGCGAGCACCCGUGGUCGGUUAUUGUGGAUUGA